AUGGUGACGUCAGGGGGAGUUGGGCUUCAGUCAGCCGUCGGUGGCCGCAACGAACAUGUGGCUGCAAUGCAUCGCUGUGACGGUGCUGAUCGCCGCGACUGCGACCCGCGAAAUAUUCACCAACUCCUUCCUGGUCCGGUUCAAGAGGUCUAUCCGCCACGAGGAGGCCCAGGAACUCGCCCUCCGGCACGGCUUCGACAACCUCGGCCCGGUGAGCGGCCACGUGAUAUUGUAAACAUAGCCAUAGCCAUUUACGCG